CCCUUCGUCUGCUGCAUGCAUGCAGAGCUAGAGCUGUCAAAAACUGGAGUCUGUCCUUAUUCUAUGAUCAAAUCACAAAUCAAAUCAAAUUAGCUAGCAGCAAUGACCAUGGACGGUCGCCGGUUUACAAUAAGAUCAAGCCAACAAUUGCCAAAAUGGAAACGCAAAGAGGUUUGUUGCUGCUGCUGGGCUUUGCGCUCUUCCUAGCAACAGUUCACGCGACGGACGACAAAAAUGCAGACCAAAUGCCUCUGUUGAAAUCACUGUACAAGUCAAGAUCGCCGGCCCUACUACCUGCAGCAUUGAGAGCUGACAACGAGACAAUAUCCCCAGCCUGCUCUGCAGAGCUCAAAAGACUCUUCUCUGGCGACAUACACACUCUUGGAACUGACGCUGUCAUGGCUUUGGAUGCAUUUGGGAAACCAGCAGCUGGGUUCCUACAAAUGAACUGGGCAUGGCUCGGCCACUACGAUGAGUGCAUGGCCAUUGAAGGAUUUAACUUCUGCCUUGUUCAAAUGAGUUUGAAUGCAACCAUGUUGUUGCAUCACAACAAUAAGUCCUCUUCUGUCACCGCUAAUUCUGCUGCCGGUGCGUUCAAUCAAAUUGCCAUCCGAUGGGGUAUAUGUCCUCCGACCAACUGUUCUGAGUAUGAUAUCCAUGUUGUGCUGAAGGAUAUAUUAGAUGCAAUGAAGGUUUUGGACGGGAUAAUAACCACAGAGGCGCUGCAAGAAGAUUAUGCCGUGUGCACCAAAAAUCCACCAAUACCUUAUAGUGCUGGGUUUAUCUGUGCGGUAACUUUCUGCUGUCUCAUCGCGACGCUCAUGGUAACUGGCGCCCUCUACGAUGAGUAUCUCCAAUGGCAGGCCAGGACUCCGUCGAGGCAACGCCUCAUCAGCAAGAGAGACUUCUCAAGACCCUGGAGGAUUCUGAACGAUGAUGAUGAUGAAGACGACGAUGAACUGUUGAUUAAUGAUGCCGGAACUGUCAUUCAGGAUGUCCAGACGCAGAGUAAACAAAGUCUGGCAGCCAGACUCCUCCUGUGUUUUGCAUUCAACCGUAACCUGAGCAAGCUCAUGGACACAAAGCAAGGAGACGCAAGCGUUGGGUCCAUCAAUGGUAUUAGAGUUAUCAGCAUGUUCUGGGUCAUGCUCGGUCACACGGUCAUCUUUGGAUUUUCCACUCAGAUCACUGAUAAUACAGUAGCAUUGUUUGCUUGGCUUCAAACGCACUUUGGAUUUCAAGCUGUUGCUAAUGCAUUCUACUCUGUGGAUUCUUUCUUCUUUCUUAGUGGCUUUCUACUUUCCUACCUCACAUUUCCCCGUUUUGAGGAAUUGAAGACUGUUAAGAGAUGGGCUUUAUUCUACUUCCAUCGAUACUGGAGGUUGACCCCCCUGUUUGCUUUCACAAUCCUCAUCUACAUGUAUAUACCUCAAUUCUUUGGUGAGGGUCCCAUAUGGCAGGUUGGCACCCAGAGACCGUUUUGUCCUAAAUACUGGUGGAGCAGCCUGCUGUACAUCAGCAAUUUCUGGCCAACGUCUUUUGGUUCCGAGUGUAUUGCCUGGACAUGGUACCUGGCCAAUGAUAUGCAGUUCUUCAUCAUUAGUCCUCUUCUGAUGGCUCCAUUGUACUAUUAUCCAGUGUUUGGAUGGCUCUCUCUGAUUGCAACUCUCUUAGCUUCCAUGAUAACUAGCGGCUGGAUCGUUGCGGAAAAUGACUUCACCCUCAAUCUGCUGGGCCUUCUGCUGCCUGUGGAUGGUAAAAGCUACACUGACUAUGUAUACGGCAAGCCGUACUGUCGUAUCGCACCCUACCUGGUUGGGAUUGGUCUGGGCUACAUUAUGUACCGAACCGGCAAACGCAAGGUCAAAAUGUCACCGUUUCUCGCCCUACUUGGGUGGCUGGCGGCAGCCGGUAUGGGAAUUGGUGUAGUGUAUGGAUUGUAUCCCAGCUACAAGACACCGAUGACUAAAACUGCAACGGUCAUCUAUGCUGCAGUCAGUAGAUUUGUGUGGGCUGUGGCAUUAGCAUGGGUGGUCUACGCAUGCAAGUAUGGCUACGGAGGUUGGAUAAACAAGUUCCUAUCUUGGAGUUUGUGGGUACCUCUUGGCCGUAUCACAUUCGCAGCCUAUAUGGUCCACCCAAUAGUAAUCGAGAACUUCUACUCCAAUUUCGCAACUACUUAUCAUUUCUCAGUCUACCUGACCGCUUUCUACUUUGCUGGAGUGGUUUCCGUGUCGUAUUUUGUGGCUCUCUUCUUUGCCCUCGCUAUCGAGUACCCAUUUGCAAACUUGGAAAAACUCAUUCUUCCAACUCCGAAGAAGAGAACCAAGACGCUGAAAGGAAGUGAUGCGGCCAAGGAGAAUGGAAUCGUUACAACGAUGGUAGUAAAUGGAGACCAACAGGUGGUAACUAACAGUCCUUCAGAUAAGAACAUAGCUAUUAAUUGUAAUUAAUAAAGGACUUUUGUCGUAGUAAUAUGGUUUACCUGGGCCCAAUUUCAUGGCUCUGCUUACUGCCGAAUUCAGCGCUUACAAUCACCAUUCUCCACUUGUAUGCACGCCCGGAUUUCUAAGCUAGCUGGGUAAACAUAGAAUGCCUAGCUCAUGGAGUUAUAACAAUCUGUUUUUAUAUAGCUGUAUACACCUGAAGGGCGUCUCAAAGCGCUUCCAACAUAAGUACCCCUGGUCACUGGGCCUAAAAUCAUUCCUUAAACCA